CUAUUUUGGCCUCACGGUGGACACAAACACCAAUAAAAUCAAAGAUACAGAUCGAAAGAAAUGCUAUGAGAAGGAUAUAAUCUAUGGAACUGUUGAGACCUACGCUGCAGACCAUCUUCGCCAGACAUUUGAGAUGAAGGACGUGAGACCUGAUCGCAGGUAUGAGUGCAUCAUAAUCGAUGAAGUGGACUUGCUGCUUCUGGACCAGGGGAUACAGGUGACCUACCUGUCCAGUCCCAUGGUCUCCAUGCAGCACCUGAACAUUAUUCUGACCAUGAUCUGGGGACACAUAUGCCAGUAUGGUCUGGUGAAUACAGGAUAUGAAACAUUUGUAUGUGGUCCCCCUGUUUCAUUCUACAAGGCUAUAUUUGACUCAAUGAACACCGAGGGAACUGAAAUCGAUGACCCAAUGGACAUUUUGCAGAUUGCGGAAGAGUGCAACAUUGUUCAGAAAGGAUUUACAGAGGAGAUCUACAAAAGUGAUACAGAUGCCAUUCUUGCAAAACUGAAAACUGUGAGUCAGGAUGUUCAAAUAAAUUUCUUCCAUGAAAUCGAGGACUAUGUCCCCUAUGGAUUUACAGUGUACAGUUUAGAUGACAGUGGAUCUCUUAAACUUAAAAAGCAAAGCCUGAACAAACAGAUCAUUCAAAACCUUAAGUUUCUUGUGUUAGAUGAUGGCUUGUGUUGUCCUCUCUAUGAUUCAGAAGAAAUUCUCAUUGACCCUAUUGCAGAAUUAAUAUCUGAUCAGUUGCAUUACACUCCAAGUGAAAACAUUACAAAGAAAAUCAACAUCCCUGGAUUCCUUAAAGGUCUGGUUCAGCACAAAUUGGCAACAUGGGUUCAGAAUGCCUUUCUGGCCAUGAGACUGAAGAAAGGUCAGGAAUAUGUUGUGGAAGAUGACCAUAUCUAUCCUGUGGAUUUCAGAUCAACUGGUAUUGUUGAAAUGAAUAAGAAAUGGGGUGACGGUCUGCAACAAUUUGUGGAGAUCAAACACCAAAUCAAAAUAAGCACAAUGUCAGCAGUGACAAAUUACCUGUCCAAUCUCUCCUUUUUUGGGAAGUACAAUGGGAAAAUAUAUGGACUGACCGGGACCCUAGGGAGCGCCUCAGACAUGAUGUUUCUGAAUGACCAAUAUCCAAGUGUCUCUGCCUGUGAAAUUCCAACAUUCAACAGGAGAAAGUUAUUUGAGGAUAAAGGUAUUCUCAAGGGCUCUACGAAGGAAUGGAAAUCAGAAAUAAAACGUGUUCUUUUGGAUCAAAUUUCCGCAAAUUCCUUCAGAAAUGGCAGAGCAGCCCUGGUGAUCUGUGAAACUAUCAACAAAGUCAAUGAUCUGCAUGAAGAGCUAAAAGACAGCAUCCCAGGUGAAGUCCUGGUCUAUGCACGCAGUGACACAAACAGCUUGAGUGUGAUAGGUAAAAAGCUGAAUCCUGGUGAUGUCAUUCUUGCCACAAACCUUGCGGGACGUGGGACAAAUAUUAAAGUCACAGACGAGGUGAAUGAAAAUGGAGGAUUAUUUGUGAUCCUCUCCUUUCUUCCUGAUAAUGAAAGAGUUGAACUCCAGGCCUUUGGUCGAACUGCACGCAAAGGUAACCCAGGAUCUGCUCAGCUAAUUAUAUCCACUCAACAUCUUCAGGACUGUUAUAGCACAGUGUCUUUGCUGGGGGAAGCUAAGAACAUGAGGGAUAGUCUGGCUGUAGAAAAGAUUCAGGACAUGCAGAAUGACAUUGAUGAGAUGGAAUUGCGAGAGGACCUGUUUUCUGAGUAUUGCAAAACCCUUCAAGAGAUUUACAAGAGCACAGAUGAAGAUGAACAGAAGGCGAUUGUUGCCAUCAUGAAUGAGUUCUGGGGGAUUUGGCUGCAAGAAAAAUCAGAAGAAAUUGAUAAUUUGAAGAGAAGUAAACUGCAGAACAGCUUGAGAGCUGAUUUGGCAUCUGCAAAAGAGUUAACUCAAAGUCAGAAUUCCCCCUCUGCUAGUAUUUAUCACUACGUCAAGUUUGGGAAUGUUGCACUAAAGGACAAAAACUGGAAAGUCAGUGCCAGGCUCUUUGAAAAAGCCACAAAAGAAGAUGCAAGUUGGGCAGCCAUAGCAUUCUACAACCGUUCAUACUGCAUUAUAAAGAUGCAAUCAGGAGAUUAUCUCACUCAAGCCAUCGGUGAUCUGAAGAAGGCCCAGGAUUCCCUGAAGUACUUCAGUGAGGAAUGCCUGGCUGGCCUGAGCUUUGUAAAAAUGUCUUCUCCCAAAUCUGAUGAUGACAAGACAAGUAGCCUUGACAACCAGUUUUCCACCAAGUGCAACCUGCUCAGUUUUCUUGAUAAAAAUAUAAAUGAUGCCAUCAAGAAACUGGAAGAGAUUAAAGGAAAGAAGAGGGAAGCUCUUGCGAAAAAAGCUCCGGUCUUCACCCUGGUGUCAGAAGCUGAAGAAGAGCUCCAAAUGGAAACAUUCAAUCUCUACGAUCGGGGUCUGAAAUAUAUCUUUUCUGUGGAAGAGGAGCCUCGUUUCCCAUGGGAAGCACUGGUGGUGUUCCUUCUCGGAGUUGCACAGAUUGUCGGAGGGGCAUUGCUCACUGCAUUUACAUUUGGUACACUAGCCAAUGUUGGUAUGGGACUCAUCACUGAAGGAAUCUCAGACUGCAUCACUGGCAUAGAGUCAAUGAUAACUGGUGAAUUCAGCUGGAAAUCAUGGGCAAUAGAUAAAGCCAUUUCCAUUGGCGUCUCUCUCAUUGGGUUUGGAAUUGGAAAGCUGGUUGCAAAGGGCUUCAAAGCUGCUAAGAUGGCAGUUAAGGGAUUUGGCAAACAGUUGAAGGCAAUGCCAAAGUUAUUUGCAAGCCAGGCCAAAGAGGGCUUCAGUGCUACUAUGAAGACCAAUAUGAAGAAUGUAGUAAAAUAUACUGCUAAAAGAAUAGUAGAGGACACUGCUAUGUAUGGGAUUGGGAAGGCAGAGGAUGAAAUAAUCAAACAAAUACUAGAGCAAAUAAAAAAAGAUGUGAAAAAGGGAAUCCUUGAAGAAGUGAAAUCCAAUAUGGGAAAAGAGCCCCUGCGUUCAUUAACUGAUUCAAUCAUACUCUCCCAGAUCGAGAGUAAACAGGGAUUUAAUGAGCUCAUGCAAGAUGACAUAAUGAAGAAGAGAUUAUUGGCCAUUUUCACACAGCUAAGCACAACUGCAUUAGAGCCCUACUCCACAGACCUGAGCUGGCAGAACAAGCUAAACUCAUCCAUUGUCAAAGUGAUGGAUGCUUUAAAGAAAGAUGCUGGAGAUAAAAUGAAAGCCAUUCUGACUACUAUCCAUGUGGCCCAUAUGGGAGUACUGGCAGCAGAUGCUGUCGCUUCAGUGGUCACCCUCGCAGAUAAAUAUUUCACAGGUCUGGGUAAAGGGCUGCAAGGGUUUCUAAGUAAAAUGACUAGAAAAGUGAACACAGGUGACCUAUCAGAUUCAGACAAGAAGGCUCUGAAUGACUUCAGACAGCGUAUAAUCGACAGCGUCAGCACUUUACUGGCAAAAACUUUAGUGGAUGUGUUUCACCAGAAGUUCUCCAGCCAUCUUGUUAAUAAAAUUAAAGGUGAAAUAAAUGGCGUCAUUAGAAACCAGGUAAAGUCAGGCUUAAAGAUUAAGAGAACAGAGGAUAAGCUCCCAGGGCAGGCCGGUGCACAUGCUUCAACCAAGCCAGGAGGUAAGGCAGGUGGUUCCAGGUCCAGUCAGCAGUCAAAGUCACAUGCUGUAAAGGUCAAGAAUUCAGAAAAUACUGGGAGCGAGGUCGAUAUCAGAGUCCUGUCAGAAGUCACUGGCACUAAAGUUGUGAUCUUAACAGCAGGUAAAGAUGGAAAGCUUGCCAAGAUGCAGGAGAUCAACCCAAAAACUAAGGAUGCCAGUCAAACCGUGACACUGGUCUACAGGCCGAAGAGUGACCAACACCCAGAUGGACAUUACGAUGUGCUCAUCAAUAACAAGACAGUGAGUGUAGAGAAAGGUGACCUUUAUCUCGCUGUGGCCCGCGGCAUGAAACCAGACUCCAGUGAUGAUGACAUUACUUCUGCAGCAACUGACCUGCGGACUAAGGAGGCUGAGGCCCUUGAGAAAAACCCAAGCCUCUGGGAGCCAUUUCUCCUGCGUGAUGAAUGGAUUAAAGAACUGAUAACAACUUCCUCGUUCAGAGCAGAAGGAGCUGCAGAAUCACAGGAUUCAGUAAAACAAAACAAAAAACAUUUUCAGAACAUUAUGAAGGAGGAAAGUGAGAAAGUGAAAGAACAAUCUAAUGCAAAUGACAAAGAUGGAACUCCAAACAUCAGCAAUGGACGUAAGCAGCCUUCAAAGAAGAGUAUAUUGAUAGCUGGACACUUUAACAAAGACAGCAAAUUAAGUAAAUUGAUGUUUGAAGUUGCCACAGAUUCAUCUGAUCAUGCAAAAUGUCAGCUUCCAGUUGUUUAUGCGCCACAUGAGCGACAUCAUAAGUUCCCAACUGCAGAAUCUCCAGAGUUCAAGAAGUUAUUGUCUCAAACCAUCAGCAAGGAUGACGUUGAGGUGACCUUCAAACUGACAAUCCUUGGUGCAAUGCCAACAUUUAUGCUGGAAAGAAAACGUUUUCUGAAUGAAGACAUGAGUCUGACCAGAUUGGACUCUUUUGAACACAAUUUUCCAAAGUACACAAAAAAAAUGGUAAACACGUGGUUCAAACUCCUGGAAGGCAAAACGGAUCUCAUGACACCAGACACUAAGCAAACACUUGAAGACUGGAUAUCUAGUAAAGGAUACCUUGAUCCAAAUGAUCCUGCCAGGAAGCAAAUCAUCACUCACUUAUAAAAAAGCAGCUGUAGCCACUCAUGAGCAGGGGACUGGCCAGAGCAUGUUAAAGGGGACUGCCAGAGGAUGUUAAAGGCCAGAUAAACUGCAGAUGAGUGGCUCUACAGGAAGAUGUUCCCCCUCCCUUCCCUCCUUUUGUUGACCCGCCUUCAUCUGACCAGCUGCGAUAUGUAAUGUUUCAAAAUGGCAACUAUACAGCUGGGGGCUCUUGUUUAUAUAUAUGAUCAACUGUGUCUGUGAUUAGGAUUUAAUAACCUCUGAUUUAACAACCAAAUUUUAGUUCCCUCAAGAGUCUCACAAAAGAUGGUUGAAUGAAGGGGUUAGGGGUUAGGGGUUAGGGUUAGGGUUAGGGUUAUGUGUAAUACCAGAGAGCUCAUGAAAUGUUCUGAUUUAUCAGACCCAUCCAUUUCCUGCUGAAGCAAAUGCUAGCUAGCCCUUUGUCCAAUCAGAAACAAGAACGACUAAAACUGCCCUGCCCGCAGAACAGCUUUCAUCCAUGCAGCUCCGCCCCCAAGCUGCCCCUGACUCCACCCCCAUGUGUGAGCUGUCAAUCUGGCAGAGUCUGCCCACUUCUGAAUUUAUAUGAUCUACAUAUAUUCAUAACAUGUCUAUAUAUUUGGGUGCAUUGUGAGCACUGUUUGCGACAUCCACUUUAAUUAGUAUACAUGGUGUUUUUACCAGCAUGUCGGACUCCUGCAACACUGCAGUACACAAAAUUGGCUUUCAAAUAAUGAUGGAUCACGGGGAAAAAAAGGAGUGCACAGUUUGAAAAGCUUUUUCUAUACUGUCCUCCUUUAUUAAAAAAUAAUGAAUUAAUUAUAGAAUACACUUUCUUUUUCUUAUUCUGAUACAUUUACAUUGGGGAUGCUUUUAUUUCUGGGUGAAUUAAAUGUGCAUGUUUCAUAAUGUAGUAACAUCUGUUUGAUGUAGUUGCUUGUAACUUGCAAGAUGGCCUCUCCCAGAGAUGAAUCAUAUAAACGCAGGCAUAGAAUCUUACUGUAGAAUCACAAGGGAUGUGGGAUGUGGGAUGUGGGAUGUGGGAAAAG